GAAAUGGUAGUAUCCUGAAAGAAUGGCGACGUCUAGCGUUGUCGUGUAUUUGUAAAAAUAAUGUUUCUUCGGUUCGAUUUUCCAUUAGAGAUAAGUCAGAAUCUGAUUAUUUAAAACAAAAAGUGAAACGAUCGAGCGUUGGUGAAUUAAGCGCACUCAAAAGAUGGACCAAGCGCCUGCAGAUACGGAACUACGUAACAUCAUAGAUAAACUAGCACAGUUUGUGGCUCGUAACGGCCCAGAAUUUGAGCAGAUGACUAAGAACAAGCAGAAGGACAACCCAAAGUUUGGUUUUCUGUUUGGCGGAGAACACUUCAAUUAUUACCAGUACAAAGUGACUACGGAGCAAGCCAUUUUAAAGCAAAAAGGAAUAAAUCCAAUGCAAAAUGCAGACCCACGUUUAAACGUUUCGCAGCAGCAGCAAACAGCCGCAACCGUCGUGCAGCCACUGAAUAACGUCGGUCUUGCGUCAAGCCUAAAUACUCAGAACAACGGCUUAAAUCAAGUGGUCGGAAUUGGGCCAGUCGGGAAUCCAGGCCCCGUUUUACCGGGAGUGCCCGGGCCAAUCGGAGGGCCGGGAAAUGCAGGACCAUCGAUCGGAGCAGUUCCUGGGACGAUUUCUGGCAACGUCAAUCCUCCUGUCGGUGCAGUGACCCAAGGAGUUAACAUCAGUGGCCCACCAGGAUGGCUCCAAAGCGAACUGGCGAGUCUUCAGUCGCAACAGACUACUCUCCAGGAACAAGUUAGACAAUCGGAGCAAAACCUAGCUGCCCAGCAUGCUGCACUAAUGGCGCAACAGCAAGGAAGAGUCGAGGAUGCUGUGAGGCAAGCGCAAGAGACGGCUCUGCAAAAUAAUGCACAAAACACGAACACUGAUCUCGCUGCUUUUGACACGGUCUUACAACCCAUCAUUGACAGUUGCACAAAAGACAGCAUAAGCGCAGGAAAGGCGUGGAUACUGCAGCAUUCAAUUUCACCACAGAGCAACCAGGUUGUCGCCGAGUAUUUACUCAAAAAAGUUAUUCAGGGAUCAACAUUUAGCCAGAAGCUUCAUAUUAUCUACUUGGUAAACGAUGUAUUACAUCAUUGCGCAAGAAAAAAGUCAAUGGACCUUCGGAAAGCAAUGGAAAGCGUCGUUGUUCCCAUGUUCUGUAACACGUCAUUGGCUGCAUCAGAUGAGCAACUGAACAAGCUAAACAAGCUGCUCAGUCUUUGGGAAUCAAAGAAUAAUUAUUUCGAUGAAGGCAUCAUAGAGAAACUUAAGCAGCCAAGCACGUCCUGGUCAGAGUACCAAGCGAAUUUAGUGGCACAGUAUGCAAGUGCCAUCACACCGAUCACUGCCUCAACUAAACAGACUUUUGAUAAUUAUCAAGCGCAACAUCAGGCAUUCGUCAAUCACGCGCUCAGGCAGAUACAAACUAUCGAACAGCAAAAGAUAGCGAUCGACCAACAGCUGAAGGCGCCACCACCACAGACUCCGCAGAUGAACCAGCAAAAUCUGAAUAUUCCUCCGAAUCAUCCUGGUCCGCCGCCGGCCAUCGGAGGAGAUGUUAAUUUCAGUCAACCGCCUCCAGGAUGGGGAGUUCCCCCUACAAAUGAACCACCACCUUUCACCACCGUUCCACUACCGGAUUUUUCCAAACCACCUCCUGGAUUCGGACCGCCACCUAUCAUUCAUGAACCCUCUGUCGAAGACCUCAUGCCCAGUAUGCCUUAUUUCGAACUUCCUGCCGGUUUAAUGGUGCCGCUGAUUAAACUGGAGGAUGGUGAAUAUAAGCCUCUUGAUCCUGAUGCUAUCAGAUUACCACCUCCAGCGCCUCCUAGCGACCGGCUCGUUGCAGCUGUUGAAGCAUUUUACGCACCGCCGAAUCACGAUUCUCCUAGGGACAGCGAUGGCUGGGAAAAAUUAGGUUUAUACGAAUAUUACAAAGCGAAAAAUGGUGCACGUAAGCGCAAGGAAGAAGACAUUAUGUCAGGAUUAAGACAAAAAUCCAAAUCACCAUCGCCAAUACUGAGGCCGCGUUCGAAGAGUCCAAGUCCACCAAAAAAACGAUACAGAAGCAAAUCUCGUAGCAGAUCGCGGUCGAGAUCUCGAGGUAGAAGCAGAUCUAAAUCGCCUACAACCAAUCACAGACGCAACAAUCGUACUAGCAACCAUAACAGUAGAAGUAGAAGAAGAAGAAAUAGCAACAAAGACAGAAGUCCAGACAGAAGAAUCGACCGACAGGAUCGUAGUCCUACGCCACCAAGUUUCCUUGGCUCCACGUACAGCAAAGCCACGCAAGAAGUAAGUCUCGACGAGAGCAACAAGGGACAUCAGUUACUAAAGAAAAUGGGCUGGGGAGGAGCAGGUCUUGGCGCAAAUGAGCAAGGCAUCGAAGCACCAAUUUCCGGUGGCGAGAUACGCGACAAGAACGAUCAGUACAAAGGUGUCGGAAUUAAUUUGAAUGAUCCCUAUGAAAACUUCCGGAAAAGCAAGGGUCAAGCAUUCAUCACUCGAAUGAAGGCGCGUGCAGAGGAGCGAGCCGAAGAACGAGGCGACCGCGACUGAUUCCGUGCAUCCAAGUAAAAGGAUUCCUCAAUCGUGUUAACACUAGUGCUGCCAUCGCAAUAGUGAAUGUGUGAUACGAUAUAUCGUAGGCAUAUUUCUUAACACAAGCGAUUGCCAUAAAAUUUGUAGAUUUCUCUUUGAAACAAUGUGUAUAUCGCUCCGUGGAAUGCAAAAUUAUGACGAUUAUCAAUUUACUUUGAGAAACUACGCUGGGAAGAAUAUUUUUGCGGAUGAUUUAUGUUUCAACGGCUCAGUCUUGAUUUUCUUUCAAUUUUAAAGUGAUAAGUCUAGAUAUAUAGCGAAUGAAUUUUCUUUGGAUCGAUUGAAUUUAGCGCGUUUUUGUGUCGAAGAAAAUAGAGGUGGGCAAGAACGAUGGCUACAUUUGCUCGUUCUCAUAUUAUUAUAUACAUUCUGUACUCAGCGAAGCCUCAAACGAAAUGUAAGACUUUUAAGACAUUGAAAUUCUUUCGCAACGUGCAUUUAAAAUCGCAAUUAUUUUCUUUCUGAGCACUUUUGUCAGUAAUAUAUUUCCCCAUAGAUUCACUGGUGUUCUACUGUCUCUUUGAAAGAAAAGAAGUGAUAUGAUGUCGAGCAGAAAUAAAUACUGAGAAGGAUUCAAUUGUCAAUUCCUAAGGAACGAAGAACGUCCCUUCCAUUACGAUUACAUUUAUGUAAUUGUGUGAUAACUUUCAUCAUAAUCAGUACGCCUCCAUAUUUUUCCAUUCAUCGGAUACGGGUGUAAUGCUGAUAAUGUUAAUAAAUGCUGUGCUUAGAAGGAGAAAAAAGCACAUCACUAUUAUAAGAAAACGUUCUGCGGAAGUACACUGAUGUUAUAGAAUGCGCAAUCUUAUCUACGAGUGUUUCGAGUUUUCACUAUGGUUUCCAUCAUCUACUCGUGACAGUAGACAAUCGCAUAAAUGAUUAUUGCAUUGGUCAUAAUGACACCUACGUCGCGUACAGAUUAGUACAAUUUCAACGCGAAUGAAUAUUACUAAACAUUCGUCAUAAAUGAUAUAGAAAAUAAAAUUCAAGAUAAUA